AUGGACGAUGUACUGAUACAUGCCGAGAACGAGUCUCACCUGGAAUCAAUCACCAAGGAAGUUAUAAGCCGCAUCAUUGCCUCCGGUUUAAAGCUAAAUAAAGAAAAAUGCAUAUUUAACAAACCGAAGGUAAAAUACCUUGGACAUCUUGUGACAUCAGGAGGUCUAAUGGCAGAUCCUGAUAAGCUGAACCUCAAAACACCAUCUAACAAAUUGCAGCUGCAGCGGGCAGCUCCGCCAAGAUUACGCAGAAUAAGACUAGAAGUUACACAGUAUAACCCACAAGUCGUUUAUGUUAAGGGAAAGAACAUACCGAUUCCGGACAUACUCAGCCGUGACGUUGCACCGGAAGCAGAGGAAGAACAACUAGAGGUUCAUCUAGUUCUGCAAAUGUCGAAAGAUUCGUGCCAAGAGCUACGGCAUCAUACUGAGUCUGAUUCGGAAACUCGCCUGCUGAAGGAGGUCAUUUUACGAGGCCGGCCGGAUCUAAAAGAAAAUGUUUCUCUGGAGCUCAAAAAGUAUUGGUGCUUUAGAGACGAGUUAGCUGUGUAUGAUGGGCUGGUAUUCAAAUCUAAUCAGGUGGUAGUGCCACUGGGAUUGAGGAAGAAAAUGUUGAAUGGAAUUCACAGCGGUCACUCUGGUAUUUAG